CUCUAUAGCUUGGGUACACUAAAGCUCACAAAGUUGCUUGCCGAAUUUGGUCGUGUUGUGGAUUGUUUGGUCCAACCGCAGUGGGCCGUCACGGAAGCAACAAUCUCGCAAUCUCCAGAACGCGCUUGCGGUCGGAACUCCCAACUUCACUGCUCUUUUUGACUUUCUUCCUCCCCAGGACAAGUUCCUCUAAGGCUUCGUUGGCUACCUAUAUAUAUACCCCCCAAAAGUCCUUCUAGUGGGACCAUCGCAAGCGCGUAACAUUCGACAUGCCUCCGCGGGGAAGUCAAGGAUAUGACUUUAGCCCUAUAUUCUCACACUACAUUCUCCAAUUUACUUUCAUUCUGGCUUUGGUCGGAUGGUUUACCGCGUUCAUCGGGCAGACUGUCGCAACCGCUAAUUAUGGCCAUAAGUUUGUCGGACCAGCAUGGUUUGCUAUCUUCCUGCAACUAUUCCUCACUGCGGGAGUCGUGCAUACUAUAGCAACCGAUUCGAUCGCAAUGCACCGUUUUCAGAUUGCGGUCUUCUCCGCCCUUGCAAUUGCACUCGCUGUCAUUAUUGUUGACACUACUAUCUAUGCUUCUGUAUCAUCACUCCAAGCCACGGGUGCAGGGUGGAUGCUCAUUGCUAUGGCAGAUAUUCUGUGGUGCCUUUUCUUCACAUCGGAGGAGGAUUCGUUACAAUUACAUCUUUUCAACUAUCUGGGUACUGGUGGACUCACAUCCCCUGGACGACACCGUCGUCGUACGACCGUAAGAUCUGACACUCUCGGCGGUGGAAUUGGAAACAAUUACGGCUCAUAUGGUGGUGGUGUCGGCAACACUGCCGUUGGACUGGGCGCACCUAUGAAUGGUGUACGAUCAAACAGUAUGGUCGCUGGUAACGUGUCCAAGGAGUCUGGGACGCCUGGGGGAGCAAAUCAGACGACCCCGUUAAUAACUGGUGGUCCAUUGGGCGAUACAAGCGCAGGAAGCAUUACAAAUCCUGCAAAUCAGGAGCAAGGUAGCGAGACCGAACCGUAUGCAUACAAGGCGAAGGCACUAUAUGCCUACACUGCCUCGCCGGAUGACCCGAACGAAAUCUCAUUUUCGAAAGGUGAAAUACUGGAGAUAUUGGAUAACGCGGGGAAGUGGUGGCAAUCAAGAAAAGCAGAUGGGUCCCGAGGGAUUGCACCAUCAAAUUACCUUCAAAUUAUAUGAGGCAUUUGAAGGGUUCGUACCCACACCCACAUCACCUCCCUCUCUCCCGACUUCGCCACCCCUCCUGCUUUCCCUGUCGCUGCACGUCUUCGGCAUUCCAAGACACCGCCACACCCAUUGUUUAUAUUUUGCUCCCUAAUAAUGGAUUGCCCUGCAAAUCUAUCCCCAGCGGAAAACAGAGGGCUAGUCCCUUGAUAUACGAAUCUUAUCAACGUGGCCUUUCUUU